GACUAUUACUUCAUUUCGAGGCAAGGAAGAAACAAUCCGUCUGGAAAGUUGUAUUCAAAGUAUAAAAACCAAAAAUCGAAGCACCGAAAGGUUGAAGGUUUAUCUGAGUCGUCUGAGAGCAAAGAUAAAAACUAUGCUAACAGAUCGCUUGUCCAAACUCCAGAAGUUGAUGAGUCGAUUUCCGAAGCAUAUAAAACAUCCUUAAACAGAGACUGUGCGGAUUGGGCCGAAGUUUGCGACAAAUGGAAGAAAACCUUUCAUUUAAGGCAGCGAGACCUAUGUAAUUUGAGUCCUUUGGAUUUUUUUCAAGCUUGGUCAAAAUUGUCACAUGCACAGGCUUCUGAUUUGAUUGAAAUUGAUUUUCAGUUCAUGUAUCCUGAGAAAACACAUUUAUUCCUGGUAAGUGGGAAACUUUUAAAGCAAAAAUUAUUAAUUACUAUGAGAAAAACAUAAGCAACGAAUACUGUAGGCAAAUACCUGCUACAGCUAAAUCGUCAAAUAAUAAAGAUGUCCAGGACUAUUUAAUUACAAUUCUUCUAAAUGCUGUAUUACCUUCCGGCGCCAGAUUCAAAAGCGAAAGCGGUAAAAAAGCCAAGAAAGUAACUAUAGUUGAUUCUCAGGAAAGUUUGGUUUUGCGGCUCCCAACUUUGAAUUAUUACCAACGGCAGGUCAAUGCCGUAAUUAACAAAUACUACUCAGAAGGGUUAACCAUACAACCUUUUUUGAUUGUCGAAGGGCUGUCAGAUACAAAUAUAAGCGGUUUCUUUCUGUACCUUGAUAAUAAUUUGCUUAAGUUUAAUUCGUUCAUUCAAAGCAUAGAUAUUUGUUUUAAAAUAUUUCAAAUAAUGAAUCUUAAAUAUCCAGAAGCUUGUCAGGACCCCUGGCUUUUUAUUGAAAAUUUUUUUUUUCUAACUUAAACAAAGUUCGACUUCUAAUCGUCAAAUAUUACAUCACUUGUAAGCUUUUUGAACACUGCUUAGAAAAUAACGGAAAGAUGUAUACUUGUUUUCGUUGUUUAAAAAUCUUUGCAGCACCUGCAAUUUUGAUAGUUCAUUUUAAAAAAGAUCACUUAUUAACACGAAAACUGUUAAAAAUACAAUGUAUUCAAAACAACUGUAAUCAAACUUUUACUAAUUUUUCUUAUUUUCGCAUACAUUUUGAAAAUAAAUAAAACAGAUGACUUUCGCUGUGAAACAAGUGAAUUGGUAAAUAUCGACUUGUAGUGAGCUAGUUUCUAAGGGAACACGAUAUAAAGCAAAGUAUUAUUUGUCUAUAAAUAGAAUAGGUUUUGAAUUAUAUAAAAUUAAAUGUUUACUUAUCCAUAACGAAAAUGCUUUUGUACUUUGUC